CCAUAUUCUAGAAUUGUCACCUUUUCGGUUAGUAGAAAAUAGUAUUGAAAUUGGAAAAAUUACAACAAAAAAAAAAACAAAAAUGGACUUUGCAACACCUUGCCGAUUGCAACAGGCACAUCAGCGGCAACGGAGAGAGUGGAACAGGAUCGGUAGGCGCCUCAAGCUGCUGACGGGCAAGAGGUCCAGCGACUUGCUCCUCCACGAUCCGCUCCUGCAGCCACCGUUCGCCGCCCAUCCUCGCCAGCGGAUGUGCGGUGGUCAGCAGCUGCCGAUGCCGAUGGUCGGGAAGCAGACAACUCAUUCAAAUAGAUCAGCUAAAUUCCCAGCAGCCAAUAAUCCCUUGGAACUGCUUGUCGUGGGUCAACAGCUGCAAAUGCAUCGUCCACCGGGACGACGACAUGUGCAGCUCCAGGAUCCUCACUCGUCGUCUCAGCCCCGCCAGCAAAUCGAGGAGUACGUCUAUUUCUAUCCGGUCCACUACUAUGAGAUGGACCACUGGCCUCCACACGCUCAGCAGGAGCCGAGCCUUGUGGUGGAUGCACGUUUUAUGGCCGAGCUAAUGGAUGAGCUGCUGCUGAAUGCGGCCAACCUUAUUUGACUUGUGCUCCGUUCAAAUAUAUAGAAGAUUUAAAAAUUUGAA